CCAACGUCAAAACGAAAGCUACUGAUCAGAAAGUAAAAUUGACUGACGGUGGCAGACAGAACGGCCCCGCAUCGACGAGUUGCAGAUCUCUACCGGACUUGAACAGCUCCCUUUAAUCCUCCAUCACGAUGCCUGUGGAUUUCUCUGGCUGGGAGGUGGUCGACGACGGCGCUUCCUUCACUGGUGUGCUGCUGAAAACAUCUCAGAAGCCACAGGACCAGGGCGUUUACACCAUGUACCACGGGACCAGCGUUGCAAGUGCACGGCUCAUCAUUGCCAAUGGUUUCAAACAGUCAGCCAGUGGCAUGCUGGGGAAGGGCGUGUAUGUCAGUCGCAGUUUGUUGAAGGCAUCCAGUUAUCCUAAGGGGAGUUCCAAUGGAAACCGUGUGGUCCUUGAGGUCCUGGUGCGGGUCGGCCAUGUCAAGCGCAUAGACAAGGACAAACACCCUCUGCAGCUCACCUGGAGCACACAGGGCUACGACACCGCCUGGGUGCCCCCUAACUGCAACAUGAAGUCUGUGCCCAGCGGCCUAGAGGAGGAUUGUGUGUUCGACCCCAAAAGGGUGAAGGUGGUGUGCAUCGCAAAGGCCCCGAACGGCACCAUCGAGAAGGAGCUUCAACAGCUUGUGGCGAGGAGCUCCACACGCGGAGGUGGUGGCAGUGCUCCAGACGGGUGCUCACUGUGUAAGAGGACGACCCAGCAGGGAUCCCAGCACAUCGAGCAGCAGUGCUGGAACUGCGGGAAACAAAUCUGCAUUCUCAUGUCCAAGCAUUUCUGCCCAGUGAAAUAAAACCAGCAGGCCCGGGACGAGUUUUGGCAUGAGAAACACGGCAGAGUUGUACUGACAGGAAACACAAUCAGAUCAACACACAACAAUAUACAAUCUUCACCUUUCAAGCACCUUUAGUCACCUCACAGCAUCAGGUUACCCACCGGUCAUCCCAGUAACAUUGUCUUUCCUCAGUGGGCAGGUCACAGAUCCGCAAAAACAUGUAACAUCCCCACGUACUGUGAUGCCUUUUCAUUAUAUACAUUCACGUAACCGCACAUAACUCUCUUACUGUAUAUAUUGUUGGUCGAUAUUGUUGUUGUUUUUAUAUUGUUGUUUGUACAGUGUACCAACCACACCAAGGCAAUUUCCUAUAUGUGCAAAUAUACAUGGCAAUAAAAAGAAUUCUGAUUCUGAUUCUGAUUCAUAUAGACGUCCAGAUUUGUCAGAGUCUGUAAAUCUCUGCAUUAACAGUUUAUGGUAAACAUAUCUUUACUAUGAUGUGCAUUGCUGAUUUCUUGUGCACAGGUUUUAUACUGUCCGAUCAUCACCCAUAAUGAAUUUGUUCCUCAAGUUGAAAAACUGUUUGUAAAGCAGCAAUACUUUUUCUCUGUCUGCCAGUUGAUGUGAUAAUAAAAUAUGACAUUACUCAA